GUUGCCUGAGCCUGAGCCGCCCGUUUGCUGGGCUGCCCCUCUCGCCUUACUGGCAUUCCAAACCUGCCUCUUACACCCAUAAAAACCCGCCCUGCAACCGCCAUCAUGCCCGUGGCGCACCACAUGGUCCUCGCCUCAGGCGCCGUCGUCGCAGUGUCAGUGGCCGUGGCUACCUUUAUCGCGAUUUACGAGUCGCCAGAGCUGCGCCAGUACGCAGACGACGUUCGACGCCGCAUCGCCAUGGCCUUCUACUCGAUGGGCGACGGCAUCACUCCGCCGGCCAGGCAGCCCCGCUUCAACAGACCCGAGGACGCCGAGGGAUUCUUCGAGUCCCGGCGUGGCCAAGGAGCUGAGCCCGGCGUCGAUGCUGACGACGAAACCCGCCGCAGGCAGAGAGAAGAGCUCCUCUAUUGGAACUCGAUGCGGCUACAGCAGCAGGAGACCGAGAAAGAGAAUCAGCAGCAAAACUCGUCUGACCCGCCGCCUCGGCCAGGUAAACUUCAUCGUGGUUCUACCUUUGACGACUUCCUCAAGCCUGACACGACUGCCGAGCAUGGUGCAUACGUUUUCAAUUCCGGUGCUGAUCUUAGAGACUUUGGUGGUCUUCGCCGUCGUGGAGAAGGCGCCCGAGGAUUCAUGUCGCCAGCCUACUCCAAUCCCUUCGCUGAUGAGCACCACAUUGAUACCGAUGAGAUUCAAGAGGCCCAAUUAGCCCGCCAACUUGCUCCGGAACAAAGCGAGAUUAUGUCAGACAUUUACAGCGCAACUACUCGUGAUGACCAUGAAGAGCCUCGUUCCGUCACAUUGGAAGCCGUCUCACCCGCGCCGUUGAUUGAUGUUGCUCAGCUGCCUGCCCCAUCACAAUCACCGCUGCCCCCCACCCUCGAGCGAGAGCUUGCAGAGAAUGAGUUCAUGUCCGCCGGCCAGGAAGAUCGUCACGAUGUUCAUGCAACCAUCCAGGCCUGGGCCCAGGAAUCGAGCCGUGACUUUUACUCUCCCCUUCCCGUGACCCCUGUAGCACCAAUGUCCGAGCCGGAUAUCAUCUCCGAGGGAGAGCUUACUCCUACCGACUCCGUCUCCCUUGCUGGAUCUGGUGAAGAUAUUGCCAAUGAUGCGCACUUUUCUGACCACGAUGGAAGCGGGCGGUACAUGGAUGUGAUGAGUGAGAGCGAGGGCAUGGCCACUCCAGCUAGCUGGUCCGAGGUGGGUAGCGUCAUCAGCGAGAACGACGGCCCAAUGCACGCAUAAGCGUAAAGUAUAGCCUGGCCAAUGCAUUGUUGGGACUUGCCUACAUAUAUAGAGGAGCCCAACCUUGGAGCUUUUACUUCCCUUGAUGUUUAUUAUGAUUUUUUGGGUAUACAUGGAAUGGCGUUGAGAAUUAUGGGCGCUCAGGCAACAUGAUUAACAAAGACGUGACACUACUGCAGGUAGCCCCUCUAUCGUUUUACGGGUGUGUACU